AUGUCGACAGAGAAUCCACCGCCCGAGACUUCCAACAGACGAGGCGCCACACCCACCCAGCAAUCUCAGCCUGACUGGCGGACUCUUGCGGACAGGGGUGCAAAUAUCAACAACGUUAUGUACGCCUCGAGAGCAGCAACCUAUGAUCCAAGCACUUACAACAAGGCCGACUGGUCCGAUUGGUGUAAGAAGAUCUGGUUGGUCGUUGGUUGCCUGGUCGUCUCUACCAUUAUCAUUGUUCUGUCUCUCGUUGCAGUUAACAUGACCGUCCUUUCUGAGAAGAUGGACAAGUUUGCAGCACGAAUGACGGAGCUGGAGCGCGCCGAUUUUAGAAGGCCCAUGGGGCCAGCUGCCCCCGGGCCACCAGGAGAAAGGGGACCCACCGGGCCACCAGGAGAGAAGGGAGUAAAGGGGUCCAACGGGCCAGCUGCGCCCGGGCCACCAGGACCGCCAGGAGAAAGGGGACCCAUCGGGCCAGCUGGCCCUGGGUUUGCCGGGCGUCCUGGAGUAAAGAAGCCCAAAGGGCCAGCUAACUGUGGGCCACCUGGACCUACAGGAGAAAAGGGAGCCAUGGGGCCGGCUGGCCCUGGGGUUGCCGGACCUCCUGGGCUACCAGGGCCUCCGGGAAUAAAGGGGCCCAAAGGGCCAGCUACUCGUGGGCCUCCCGGACCUCCUGGAGAAAAGGGAGCCAUGGGGCCUGCUGGUCCUGCGGUUGCAGGGCCUCCUGGGCUACCAGGGCCUCCGGGAAUAAGGGGGCCCAAAGGGCCAGCUACUCGUGGGCCUCCCGGACCUCCAGGAGAAAAGGGAGCCAUGGGGCCGGCUGGCCCUGGGUUUACCGGACCUCCUGGGCCGCCAGGAGAGAAGGGAUCCAGAGGACCAGCUACUCACGGGCCUCCCGGACCCCCGGGAGAAAGGGGGCCCAUAGGGCCAGCUGGCCCAGAGGGAAAGGUUGGCAACCCUGGGUUUCCUGGAGAGAGGGGACCCAUGGGGCCAGCUUGCCCUGCCCCUGGGUCUGCCUGGCCCCACGUACUUCCAGGAAUGGUGGGUCCUAUUGGACAUCUUCCGGCAGUGCCACACCCUGUGGGUCCCAUUGGACCUCUUCCGGCAGUGCCACACCCGUGGCAGGAAGUAUCGUGUCCUGUGGGUUACUGGAAUGGGAAUGGAAUCUGCUACAAGCUGUUCCACACCGGCGAGGAGUUCGCCAGAGCGGCUGCAACUUGUGGGUGGCACGGCGGUACCCUGGCCAUGCCCCGAGACGCUAACUCCAUCCGCGCGAUGCUGAGUUACUGGGAUUUAAAGGGUGGACAUUACAGCAUCUGGAUCGGCCUUCACGAUCAGAAGAAAGAGGGGUACUUCGAGUGGAUAGAUGGCACUCCACUUGAGCGCUGGCAUCUGACGUACCUAGACGACAGGCCGAUCUCUGACUGUUGA